AUGAUACACAUCAUUGACAUGCUCAAACCCGUAUCAAUAUCACCAGAGGAAAUAAAUAUUGAAAGUAUAAAAGAUAUUUUUGCGGAACUUGAAAUUUAUGAUGAUGAUGGUGAUUUACCAAAAAAGAUAGAUUUGGAUAAACCCAUGCAAACAUCUGGAGUUUUAGAAAAAGUAAAGGAAACGUUGUACCGAGCCAUGCGUUUUUACUGGAAAAAAGAUAAUACCGAAUCCUAUUUAUCUUCUAUUCUCGACCCUCGUGUUAAAAAGUUUGAUUUCGCGCCUGAAAAAUUUAAGCAGGUUCAGGAAUUAUUAAGAAUCAAAUAUAAUGAAACACGUGAUAGUUCAACAACUCCGAUAUCUACUAUUAAUACUUCAUUCACUUCUUAUUUUCAUAACACUACUGUUUCUCCUUUUUAUAAGCCAACACUUUUGAAUAUCUUUAACAAUCCUUCGCCUCUUAAUUUACAAAGUGAAUUAGAUGAAUACCUUGCGGUUCCACAAAUACCUUUUGAAUCAGAUCCCUUCGCGUGGUGGAAUAUGAAUAAGGAAAGAUUUCCAGUUAUCAGCAAGUUAGCAUGUGUUUACCUCUCGGUUUCAGCUACAUCUACACCUUCUGAACGAUUAUCCUCAGAUUGUGGUAACUUAAUUGGAUCCAAGAGAACUCGCAUGAGUCCCGAAUUCUUUAAAAGAUUAGUAUUUUUAAAAAGAAAUUAUAAUAUUUUAGAUAACAUUUACCCUUGGUAG